CCGCCGCCCAAAGGUGCACGAAAUCCUAAACAGCAUUUACUGGAUGCUCGUCUGACCCAAAUUACCCUCCCUGGCCUCAGAUAUUCCAGAGGGACCAACCAGUGGGCGCAGUCAGGCAUCAACAAGACCAAGGAGUCAUAUUGAAAGGAGAGGCGGAGCAAUACCCAACAGCUUGCCCAUCCAAAACCUGAUCAACGGGCAGCUAUUCAAGCCGAACCCAACCCCUGCAUUUUGUGGCUCCCCCGGGCAAGCUGUUGCGAGCAUAGAAAUACCCUCGCAGACACCAUCCUACGCCAUACCACGAGCCACAACCUCGAGGAUCCCACCCUACUGCCAAUUUUUACCUCGGGAAACAACACUACAACGGUCAUCAUGUCAAACCUCAACUCGUGGGAAGAUGACCCUGCCGCCCAGGAAGAGAACCUGGCCCAGCAGGCCCAGCAGAUGAACCUGGGCAACCAGCCCCAGGGCCAUUCGCAAGGCUUCCGCCCUGGCGCCGCGACCUUCUCACCAGGAGCUGCCGCCUUCCAACCCGGACAGGCCUUUGUACCAGGAGGAGGCUAUGGCGCCCAGCAAUACCAACAAGGAUACUAUGGCGCCCAGCAAGGCUACUACUCACAGUAUGGCGGCCAGGGACAAGGCUACGCGCAGUAUGGCCAGGGCGGUUACGGCAACGUCUACGGCCAGGGCCAGUACAACCAAGCAUACGGCCAGUACCAGGGACAAGGAUUCCAAGGACAGCAGGCCCCGCAACAGCAACAACAAGCCCCUCGGCAGACUCCUACCAUCGCCAAGCGACCGAACGACCCUGCCGCUGCCUCUUCCGACCCCGCGCCAAAGCCUACCGUCUCUAAGGAGGGCGGUGCCAAGGUUCUGAGCAUUGGAGGCGACGCACCGAAACCCAAAGCCAAGGUCCUUUCGAUCGGUGGCACGGCGCCCGCAAAGGAGGAGCCCAAGACCGAGGAGGCUGCGCCAGAACCCAAGGAGCCCGCAGCUGAUGAGGGGGCCAAGGUCACAGCGGCAAAGGCGAUUGAGAAGACCGGCGAGAAGGCCGGCUCGGAGAAGGCGUCCUCCGGCAAGACGUCCCCUACACCAUCUUCUGGCCGAUCCAGCCCUUCACGGGCCGGCCCUAAGGCGGCCAGCCGUGAUGCGGUGGCUGUCGAGCAGGAGCAGACCGCCGAUGUUGACGAGGAGACGUUGAAGGAUAUGUAUGGCAAGGAGCACGUCAACAUCAUCUUCAUUGGUCACGUUGACGCCGGAAAGUCCACACUCGGCGGUUCUAUUCUUGUCGUCACAGGCAUGGUAGAUCAGAGGACACUGGACAAGUACAAGAAGGAGGCCAAAGACAUGGGUAACCCGUCGUGGUACCUGUCGUGGGUCCUGGAUCUUACAAAUGAAGAGCGAUCUAAGGGUAAGACUGUCGAAGUAGGACGAGGAUUCUUCGAGACGGAGAAGCGGAAGUACAGUGUUCUUGAUGCGCCUGGCCACAAGACAUAUGUGCCCAACAUGAUCGGCGGAGCCUCACAAGCAGACGUUGGUAUUCUUGUCAUUAGUGCACGAAAGGGCGAGUACGAGACCGGAUUCGAAAAGGGCGGCCAGACGCGUGAGCACGCCAUGUUGGCCAAGACCCAAGGUGUCAACAAGCUGGUGGUGGUCAUCAACAAGAUGGACGACCCAACAGUGGAGUGGUCGCAUGACCGUUACAAGGAGUGCACAACCAAACUCGCCACCUUUCUCAAGGGCACCGGUUACAACCUGAAGACGGAUGUGUUCUUCAUGCCCGCCGCGGCCCAGUCACUGCUCAACAUCAAGGAAAGGCUACCGGCAGGCGUUGCACCGUGGUACGACGGCCCGUCGCUGCUGGAGUACCUCGACAACAUGCAGGCCCUGGAGCGCAAGAUCAACGCACCUUUCAUGAUGGCUGUAUCCGGCAAGUACCGUGACAUGGGCACCAUGGUCGAGGGCCGUGUCGAGGCUGGUGUGGUCAAGAAGGGAAUGGCCCUGACCAUGAUGCCAAACAAGGCCAAGAUCGAUAUCUCCGCUAUCUAUGGCGAGCAAGAAGAGGAAAUCCCACACGCACAGUGCGGUGACCAAGUACGCAUGCGGCUGCGAGGUAUCGAGGAAGACGACAUCCUCCCCGGGUUUGUGCUCUGCUCGCCAAAGCGACUGGUCCACUGUGUCAAGUCUUUUGACGCCCAGAUUCGAAUUCUGGAUCUGAAGUCUAUCCUCUCGGCUGGAUUCAACUGCGUGCUCCACGUCCACGCGGCCAUCGAGGAAGUCACAUUCGCGGCUCUGCUGCACAGCUUGCAGAAGGGCACUAACCGUAAGAGCAAGCGGCCACCUACGCAUGCGAAGAAGGGCGACAGCAUUAUUGCACGGCUGGAGGUUACUGGUGCCUCGGGCGCGGUGUGUGUUGAGAAAUUCGAUGAUUAUCCCCAGAUGGGUCGUUUCACUCUGCGUGACCAAGGUCAGACGAUUGCCAUUGGCAAGAUCAUCAAGCUGAACACGGAGGAGGUUGCUUAAGCGGUUCUCAGAACAGCAAGAGGAACCAAAUACUUCAGCGGGACUGCUGUAUAUGAAUGGCCAGGGAGACUAGCCAGAGAUUGGCGAGGAUGCCCCAUUUAAGUGUUUGGUAGAUAGAUCCUGGCCCAACCGCAUUAUAGGCACGACUCACGGCAGAAUGGCGAUGCUGGUGCAAAAAGUUACCUCUGACGUGAGAAUCAAAAGCUGGAUUUACCCAGGUAGAAUGCUUGUUUCACGAGAUGCAUUAUGCUGCCACGUGUGUAGAAAUCAAUCGCAUUUUACUGUG